AUGGCCGGUGCUUCCCCGACCAGACGCUCUUCUCGCGCGCGAACUACUCAAUCCCAAUCGAACAAUUCCUCAAGUGCGUCCAGUGCAUCUGGCCGUGCCGAGCGAAGCACAAGAGCGUUUACCAAGACCGGCUCCCCCCAAAAAUCUACCGGCAGUGGGUCUCUCUCUUCAGAACCUCCCGAGGAUUCCACUACAACAACCAACGACGAUACCCUCCUUCGCCGACGAAGCACGCGCGGCAAAGACGACGAGCGCGAAAAACAUUCCAAGCUGGAAUUACUCGACAUGGCACCUGUUGGCGACGAGAUUCAAGAGGAGGAUGAGGCCGUCCGCUGCAUCUGCGGCCACGACGAGUACCCGGGGCCACCUCCCUUCGACGAGGACUCGAAGCAUACUUUGAAAGAUGCAAUUGACCAUGAAAGAAUCUUUGCCAUCGAGGUUACAGACGACAUGGCCGGCUUUUUCGUACAAUGCGAAUUUUGCAACACAUGGCAACACGGCGCUUGCGUUGGUUUUACGGAAGAAUCUAAUCCGGAAGAUGUUCAGUACUUUUGCGAAAAGUGUAGAAAGGACUUACAUAAAAUAUUUACAGCGAGCAAUGGACAAAAAUAUUCCAUAUUUCUCCCUAUCCACCGACCCUCACGAGCCGCCUCGCGAGCCGCUUCUACGGCCAAGGAUGGUGCGCAAUCUCCUAAGGGUACUUCUACCAAAAACUCACGUUCUUCAGCAUCUGCGCAUACGUCCAAACGGCGCUCUACCAUGAACAGCCGGGAUGCCGCUUAUGAUGAAGAAGAACAGCUGCGACGGGCAAUUGAAGCAAGCAAGGAAGACGCAAUCCCCGAAACCGCAGAACCUCCGCAAAGGCGCCCAAAACGAGGCAGAGAUGAUAGCGAGGAGUAUGGCCCCGAUUUGAAUGACAGAGUCCGGAAUAUCGACUCACUAGUAUAUAGGAAGGUUGAAAGUAUCAAGCGACAACGGACGAAUUCUAAAUCUCCCUCUCCAAAAACGGAAAGGCCUCAGUCACUUCCUCCCGACGAGUCUGAGGACGAGUCGGCCAUUCGAAAUGGGUCGUCUAAGAAGUCUCGGAACGCCGCUCGAAAUCAGCGCGAAAAAGCCGAGAGAGAUGAACGGCGUGAAGAGCAAGAACGGAAACGGGCUGAAGCCGCUAAUAAGCGAAAAGGCCGUGCCGAACGUCGCCGAGCUGAUGACUCAGACCCCUCAGAAGAAAUACCUUUAUCAGUUCGCGCGGCAGCAAACAGAACCACAGAAUCGGCGCAGCCCCCGGAACCUCCCGUAUCAUCGCAGCCUGCGCCAGACACACCUCCCACCGCUCCAGCUCCUACACAUUCACAUAAGAAAAAGGCAACCAACCAAAAAAAGAAGGGCAGGAAUCAGUAUACAAAAGACCGUGAUAAUCGCGAUCACGAUGAAUCGCCGGCGAGGUCAGUGUCGCGUGAUAUCACGAGAAACGCCGACGAAAAUGGGACAUCCCAUACAAAAUCAGGCCAGGAGACUACGAGCAAGCAGAGCAAGUCUAAAGGUGGCAUGAAUUCUAGGAUCACCAUGACAGAUAUGAAAAGACGCGCGAACAACAUCCUGGAAUACAUUACCAGGACACAAGUCGAGUUGGCAAGCGAACCCUUAUCGGAGCCAGCGAACGGUUCUCACCCCGAUAAUGGCAGUAAUGGAUCAGUCAACGGAGUCCCUUCAAUCCUAGUUAACGGCGACAGUAACAACAGGGGAGAAAACACCAAUACAAACCUAGCCAGACCGGCAAGCAACGGGACUAACAAUGCCUUGCCACUAAAGGAGUUCAAGGAGAUGUCUUGUAUCGAAAUGAUGGACAUCUUGACUCGAGAUUUAGUAAAGUGGCAGCAGGAGUUUGUGCCUUGA